AUGGAGCAGCAGUUGACGCAGCAGUUGUCGCAGCAGCUGACGCAGCAGUUGACGCAGCAGCUGACGCAGCAGUUGACGCAGCACCUGACGCAGCAGUUGACGCAGCAGCUGACGCAGCAGUUGACGCAGCAGCUGAAGCAGCAGUUGACGCAGCACCUGACGCAGCAGCUGACGCAGCAGUUGACGCAGCAGCUGAAGCAGCAGUUGACGCAGCACCUGACGCAGCAGCUGACGCAGCAGCUGACGCAGCAGUUGACGCAGCAGCUGAAGCAGCAGUUGACGCAGCAGUUGACGCAGCACCUGACGCAGCAGUUGACGCAGCAGUUGACGCAGCAGCUGACGCAGCAGUUGAUAGUGAAGAUGGCACAGCAGGUGAUACAGCAGCUUACAGCAUAUAAGUGGGCACCGGAUCCAGACGAUUGA